AUGAAGUUCCAGUCCGUUACUCUGGCCUUGGCUGCUGCUGGCAUUGCCGCAGCCGACAUCCACGCUCCUCAUGGCCACCAUGGCCAUCUUCACCACCGCAAGCGCGUGGUUGAGACUGAGGUCGUUCCGGGCCCGGUUGUUUACGAGUACGAGCUCAACGGCAAGCUGAUCCCCGCCGAAAAGGCCUGCGACGGUAUCUCGGAUGGACUCUACAAGUGGGCUGAUGGCGUUGCGCCUUCUGAUGCGUGUGUCACUUCAACCGUCGCACCGACGACCUCGACUUCUACGCCCACACCCACGCCCACCCCGACCAUCAAGCCUGCCGAGUUCUUUGAGCAAAGCUUGUCAAUCUCUAGCUCUAGCUCCAGCUCCAGCUCCACCACGACGUCUUCGACCUCCACUCCUACUCCGACGACGACAUCUACUACCACCAGCCCCGCGGCCCCGACUAGCUCAUUGACUGGCGGUGGUGUUACCCUUGUCAACAAUGCGGGCCGAACAAUCUAUCUGUGGUCCGUCUCUGACGUUCCCGCCGACAUGGUCACCAUCCCCGCGGGCGGCAGUUACUCCGAGAACUGGCGUACCAACCCUGACGGUGGCGGUAUUUCGGUGAAGAUAUCGACUUCUCCCAGCCUCGACAAUGUCCUCCAAUACGAGUAUACCCUGGCUGGCUCCACCAUUUUCUGGGAUUUGUCUUGCAUCAACAUGCUCCUCCACAAUCUCCUGUCCACUGUGGGCUUCUCUGUCACUUCUGAUAACUCGGACUGUGUAUCUGACGUAUGCGCUGCUGGGGAUCUUCAAUGUGCCGCUGCGUACCUCUUCCCCACUGACGAUCAUGCUACUCACGGCUGCGACGCCAAUACCCAAAUGAUCCUCAACAUUGGCCUCUAA